UCAAAAACUGGUGAUAAGAUGUAUGAGCUGCUUAAUAGAUUUGGAGAGCGUGUUGGAGAGGCUAAUGUGAUUCAAGUUGUGACAGAUAAUGCUAGCAAUUGUGUGCUUGCAGGGAAGUUGUUAGAAAUAAAGUGCCCUCAUUUGUAUUGGACUCCUUGUGCUGCUCAUUGCCUAGAUUUGAUGCUAGAAGAUAUUGGAAAAAUUCCCAAAAUUCAUAACACAAUUAAAAGGGCAGUGACAUUGAAUGGAUAUAUUUACAUUCGUCCGGGUGUGGUGAACAUGUUGCGGCACUUUACUGGUGAAAGAGAGCUAAUUAGGCCAGCUGUCACAAGAUUUGCAACUGCUUUUCUCACCCUUCAACGUAUACAUAAGCACAAGGCGAAUUUGAGAAAGAUGUUUACCUCAGAGGAAUGGACCAAAAGUAAGUGGGCAAAAGAAUUGUCUGGUAAAAAAGUAUACAGUAUUGUCAUGAUGCCUACUUUUUGGACUAAUAUUGUUUAUAUCUUAAAGAUAUUUGGUCCAUUAGUUCGUGUGCUUAGAUUAGUUGAUGAUGAGAAAAUGCCUGCAAUGGGAUAUAUUUAUGAGGCGAUGGAUAGGGCUAAAGAAGCAAUUGCAAAGUCAUUUGAUGAAAAUGAAGAAAAAUACAGGACAAUUUUUGAGAUUAUUGAUAAAUGAUGGGAAAGCCAACUCCAUCGACCU